AUGGAAGUUUCUGGUCGUUCUGGACAUUCUGGUGAGUCUGGGACAAAUACAGCAUACACAGUGUUGCCAGACCCAGCAAAGACGUUUUCGCUUCGAGAGUCUCAUUUCAGGGAUAAGCCUGUGGAGGUGGAGAAGGAGUAUGAAGAUGAAGACGGCUGGAGCGAGCCAGAACGGCCUACUGUGGCUGCUUUGGACGAGUCUGACCAUGAAAUGGAUGUUCCUAAUGUAGAGUACACUACGGUGCCGCUGGCGGACCCAGACCAGUACUUUAUGGAGAUUCCUGGUGACGAUGAGGACGUGGAGAUGGAGGAUGUGGCGGUGAAGGAGCUUCCAGGUUCAGUUUCGGAAUAUAUCGAGAGAGUGAAGAGAGAUACUAGGGAAGCGGAAGAGCUGGUGGCUCGUGCAAAGCAGCAGUUGGAGGUAUCGAGGAAGAGGAUUGAGGUGAUGGAAGAGAAGAAGAAGCAGCUUCUACAGUUGGUUUUGGAGGGAAGCGAGGCGGGAUUUGGAGGUAUUGCUGGUUUCAUCAAGGACUUGUAUAGACAAGGAUCUGGUGAUGUGGUUGAAGUGGCAUCGCCAGUGGCUCCUCCAGGCAAGGAGGAUGUCGAUAUGAUGCUGCUCUUUGCGUGA